ACGCUUAUUUCUCCAGAAUCCUCACUCCUCCAAACUCCAACCCUAGAGACUAAACUAAAGAGACAGCAGGUUUCGUCUCGCCGCAGCGGGAGAGAGUAAAGCCAUAGCUAAGCCUUCCGCCGCGGCAGCGUUACUUCCACCGUCAAUUUCUCUGGGGGGAUCAGAUGGCUCGUUCUAUCUCCAACGCCAAGUUCGUCUCUGCUUUCGUGCUGGACAGAGUCUCUGUUUCCGCUACCAGGAGCUAUACGGCGGCGGCGGCGGCGCAGGGAUCUGUUUCCGGCGUAGCAGGGAGGAGCAACGCGAUGCUGAAGAAAGGAGGAGAUGAAUCGGGGAAGAGCGCCACCUCCUGGAUUCCGGAUCCCGUCACCGGAUACUACAGACCGGAGAGCCACGUUAACGAGGUCGACGCUGCCGAGCUGCGUCAGAUGCUCUUGAAGAAUACCACUAGACAACAUUAAACCACAUCAAUCUUUACUACUUUCCUAAUACUAUGUUGUUCCGCUGAUAUGAUGUUUGCUUCCUAUACUAGCAACCCCGCCCAGACAUAUACUGGUUCGGGGAAAGAAUAGAAUGAAUUUGUAUUUCUUUUUCAUUUUUCCGGCUUCUUAAUAGAAUUACCUACUACCUAGCAUUUGAUGAAAA